CCCGCCGCCGCCCCCCGAGCCUCGCAGCCGCCGCCCGGCGCCCGAGGAGAGGGCGGCAGGCGCCCCCCGGGGAAGAUGAAGGCGGAGGGGGGCGACCACUCCAUGAUCAACCUGUCGGUGCAGCAGGUCCUCAGCCUCUGGGCCCACGGGACGGUGCUGAGGAACCUCACGGAGAUGUGGUACUGGAUCUUUCUCUGGGCUCUCUUCUCCUCUCUGUUUGUCCAUGGUGCUGCAGGCGUGUUGAUGUUUGUGAUGCUGCAGAGGCAUAGGCAGGGAAGAGUAAUCUCCCUCAUUGCAGUCAGCAUCGGAUUUCUGGCUUCUGUAACUGGAGCAAUGAUUACCAGUGCCGCGGUGGCGGGCAUUUACCGAGUGGCCGGCAAGAACAUGGCCCCGCUGGAAGCGCUGGUGUGGGGCGUCGGACAGACCGUCCUCACGAUCAUCAUCUCCUUCUCAAGGAUCCUGGCCACGCUUUGAGGUUUCCGUGGGAACGUCCUGCCUCACCCAAGGAAACAGAUGUACAGAUUCCCUGAAAGCGGCAUUGUUAACGAGCAGAAACGACGUUGUGCAAGAACGCGGACCGAGCGGGUCAGAGCUCGAGGAGGAGCUCGAGCGGUGGCGGAAGGUCGCCCUCUGGUGUUCACGCGAUUGCACUACCGCACUGCACCUUACGUGCCUCCGUCCCAGGCAAGGUGCGUUAAGACACUCCGUGAAGCUACACGAAAAAGCACCUUGUUUAGCUGCCUAUCAGGUUAACAUUGGUGUUGAAAUCAUCGUUCUUAACAGUGUUGUGUUAAGUUACAGGGACGUUUUGAGGGAUUGAUAUAUGUGCCAAACUCUUUUCUUUUUGUUAACAUUGAUCAUGUGACAAUUUGCAAGCAUAGCUGUAGAUGAGUGCUGUGAACAUCUUUGACAUGAAUUCAAGUAAUGUAGUAAGAUUUUUGUUUUGUAACGCUAAAUCCCCUAUGAGUGCUAAAUAUGGCAUCAUUUACUAUGAGAGACAUUAUUUGAUUUUUAAUGUUGAGUGUUCUGGGAUUUAGGGCUUUAAUAUGUUUAGGCAUUAUUGUUACUUAAUUUGUGUGGAAAAUAAUAGUCUUCUUCAUGGAAGACUAGCUAAAACUGUUUUAAGGACUCAAAGUAGAUCUAUAGGGUGCAUACUUUUCACUAACUUAAAUAACACCCUUUUAAUAGUUUCCCUCAUGCAUAUUCCAUUUAUAUGAAUUCAAAAACUUUAUGGGUUACACACAUUGAUUGUAGUUUGUGUGCCAUGAAAAUAUAAUUUGGAAAUUUUCUUAUAAAUUUUGUAAGAAAAAAGUCUGAAAUGCAUGUUGCAUCUUUGACCCUUCUAAAGAAAGUUUUGGCCUUGUAUCUCAUCGAGAAAACAUCUUUAUAACUAGUAUCUCAAUGGGAUUAUAUUACUUGUUGCAUAUAUCUUGAUUUUUGAUGAAACAUAAACGAUCUUUCAUUCUGGAGUAUUAACUAUUUUUAGAGAGUGGCCUAAAUUAGGCUCUGGAAAUAAAAAACCUCAUUUGUAGAAAAGUAAUAAGUAAAUUAUAUUGGAACAAUAAUAAACAAUUUUACUAUGGAUAUGUAGUAACAUAAUUUUGCUAAGUAAAAAUUGGGAAUAUAGUAAAUAAUUUUAAAAUUUGGCGGUUAGUCUCAACAUAUCAAUAUAGUACUGAACAUGUAUUUGAAUGAUUUGUUUCAGUUCAGUUCUUGAUUUAUGCUAUUAAGUUAUGAUUUAAGUUUAUUUAAGUUUAUAAGUUAUGAUUUAAGUUUACUAGAAGAAUCUAUGAGGACAUUAAUUAAAAUGGAAAUGUCCUUUGUAUAAAACAUUUUCAGAGGUUUUGGCAAUAUAGUUGUUUGUAAGAGUACAGGAAGGAUAGGGGAAACACACUGCCUGGCCGACUUGGUCUCCUAAUGAGAUUUUUUUGUUACCAGGUGCAGUUAUGAAUGUGCUAACUCAAGCAAAGAGCUAUUGCAGAGAAUAUGAAAUUCAGGACAAUCCAAAAAACAAUCUGGCAACCUAGCCUCGCUGUUUAACCUAAUUUGGUAUAAUAGUGGGCUUCUGUUAGGUCUCAUUCAAAUUUUAGAUCUUUGUUACCCACACUACUUUUUCUCCACCCAAAAUAGGAAAUAUCAACAACUUACCAAUGAGGAGUUGGGAAGGGGGUACUUUUAUAAGUAUAGAAGCCAAUUUGGGGCAAUUUACUAACACUGAGGCUUGGAAAAUUUGUUUUUCUUAAAAAAAAAUAAGCAACUAUGUGUGACUCUUUGAAGUAAAUCUUAAAAUUGAUUCUUUUUAUGAUGUACAAGUCUGAAAUUAUUUUCAUGUGUUCUUUAUAUUCCAGAUGUUUUUACAAAUUAAAUUUAGGCAUAACUUUUCCAUGUUAAUUUGAUUUCUCCUUUUCUAUUAGACUUGAAUUGUGUUUUCCUUUAUUUUGGCUACUCUGUCAAUAAUUUAAAGCAUUGAUAUUCUUGCAGAGGAAUUGCCAGUAAUAUUUAGAAAUUGUUUCAGAUCUACAGAAUGAAUAUUUGUUUUAAAAUACAGUUAUUUUAUGAUUUAAGAAAGUUAUCAUGGUAAGGCAGUAUGGAACACGUGGUUUAUAAUUCAAAAUUAAUCAGAAAAUCACUUGUUUGCAUUAAAUACAUGAAUGUGUGGACCAAAGAGAUUUAAACUCUUGUUUUUACUCUAGAAUGAAAGUAUAAUUGAAUGGUUAAUAGUGUGUAGGGUGUCCUGCAGUUGUCUUAAUUAUCAAAUUACUUUACAUUAUGAAUUGGGUAUGUGUGUGUGUACUUGUAAUUUUAGGGAGUAUUUUUGGUUUCUCUGUGUUUUCAAUUAUUUCCAUUGGGAUUUUGUGCAACUGUCACUCUUGAUGUUUUGAAAUGCAGUUGAAUAGUGUGAAUUUAUGAAAUUGUCUUAAUAGCUAUUUAUAUGCUGAGAUUUUUUAAAAAGUUAGUGGUUUUCCUAUAGAGACAAGAAAUGUUUAAUGAUAUAUAUAUAUACAUACACAUAUAUAUAUCAUUAUAUACAUAUAUGUAGAGCUGCUGUAUAGGAAUUCAGUCUAACUGGAAAGCUUUUGUUCAAUGAACACUUUCAUGUUCGUAGUGGAGAAUUUGAUAUAUAUGUUCAGUUGAAUGAUUUUUUAGAUAGGUUUGAGGAUGUUUGAGAAUUUUGAAUUUAGGGAAAAUUUUCUUGGCUUAAUAGUUAGCUGGAGACCCUUGUUUAGGAUAUAACAAAAACUCUUAUUGAUGUAUCUAGGUUAAACUAUCUUAAAUUUGUAUGUGAUGUAGCAGUAAAUUUUUUUUGUGACAGUGCAGGAAGGAAGGGGGAAAUCCUCUACGGUUGAUAUACCUUUAUUUUAAAAAUGUUCAGUGAAAUAUUGCUGAUAGUGAAAUCUGGUUUCCAAAGAAGGAGCUCCUCCUAUAUGCCCAAACUAAUUAUUAUUUAAUAUACUGGUUAGAUAAGUCCAUAGAUCAGAGUUAGUCAGGGGGCCUCCUAUGAACUACAGAUGUGACUGCCCAGUGGAACAGUUCCAUUGGUUGCCUAGAAUAAAGACAGUCCUAAAUGAUAGCUAUGUUCAGUGCUUGCAGCUUAGUAUUAUUUUAGGUCUUAAUGUUUACCAAACAGUGUUAUAGUUUGUUACCCGAUAUACUUCCUUAGUAUUUCUUACCCAAUAUACUACUACCCAAAACCAUAUAAAGGUCUUGUUUAUACUUUAAAUGAGAGAAAUAAACAAGUAGGUCUGCAUAACUUAAAUAUUUGUGACUUACAUAAGGAAAAGGGGUAAUUUAAAAAUCAAAGAAUGUUGUCAGAAAAGGUCUUUAGUGAACCUCCAAUUAAGAGGAAGAGAGUGGGGCUGCCACAUCAGUGUGCCCAGGCUGACACUCACAUACUAAUUCGAUUUGGUAAACAUUUUUGUGGCUCUACUAUAUACAAAAUGCUAAACCAAAUAUUCCUAUAGUAUGUACAAGAAUGAUCAAGAGAUUCCUGCCUUUGAGUCCUUUGAGAACUAGCAAGAUGAUUUUAAAUCUUAAAAUGGUUGGGAUAACACUUUGCUUCCUGAUUCUAGUUGAAAGUUCAAAUCCUGGGUUUUACUCUCAAAUUCUGAUUUUCCUUGUUCAUUUACUAAUGGAUUUUCUUUUUCUUUUUUUUAAAUGGAUUUUCAACAACUGAGAUACCAUUACUGUGGCAUAGUGAAGAGAAUAUUAGACUCUAAGCCAGCAGUGCAGAUUUGAUUCAGGCUCUGUCACUUGUCAGCUUUUUGAUCUUGAGCAAAUUAUUUAACCUCUUUGAUCUUCAGUUCAUACUUUACAAAAUGUGAUUAAUACUUUAUGUAGUUAUUGUGAGGAUUAUGAGAGAAGUUUUGGGAAUGGCAAAGCAGUAUCUGACAGUAAAUGAUCAAUAGAUGGUCACUAGAAUUUUUCUAAAAAUUUCAAUUUGCAGUACCAAUUGAAUAUAUUGUCUUGUAAAAUUCUCCUAUUUUCUUCCAUUUCCAUAUUUUCUCUACAUAUAUUUUAAGAAGGAAAUAAAACAAUUCUCUAUAGUCUUGCUUCCUUCACCCCCUCUCCACCCCUUUAUUUUUAAGAUCAGCAGAUGUUUAUUGAAGAACCCUUUUGGGAGUUGGUGGUGGUGGAAACGGCCAGGGCAAACAGGAUUAAGUUACGAGUUCUGUUUACCACUGGUUAAAGUAGGAAAAUGAUAGAGGUGGUUAGUGUUUACUAACCUUUACCUCGUGGUACUUCCCUUGGAUUUAUUCACGUACCAUUCAUUGACUCGCCACUGUGCGCAGAUUAUCCUCCUUGUGUUAUGGAGGAUAAUCCUCCUUUCUUCUCCACCCCUGGGCAUCUGGCUCCACAGUGUGGGGCCACAACUGUAGCAAAAUAGAUCUGGGCUCCAGUGUCUACCAAGUCCCUUUCAUGGACCAAAGGCACAUAAGCCCUAGUCCUUAUUUUGUUUGCUUUUUUAAUUUAAAAAGAAGUACUACUAUUCUUAAUUUAAAUCUGUUUUAUAAUUCAGGAAGUAACAAGAUGCUAAGAGCACUUUCUGAAAUAAUUUCAUACUACUUCACUCUUGAUAUUACAUAUUUUUCUUCCAGAAAGUCUUAAUCAAAAUCUCUUCAGUCAUUACUUAAGAUGAGAAGAAUGUGGAAAAUUACUGAAGAAAUUCUAGUGGAUUUAGAUUGCAGAGAAAUUUGCUAACACCCAUUGGGAAUCUAGGUAAAUUACUGUUGCUUUUAAUAAUCAGGGGUGAGAUUCUCAGUGGUAAAAAUGGACUAGUAAUCAAAUGAUCUCAUAAUCUUCCUUAACUUUCGGUCCUUUUUAUAAUAUUUUGGAAGAACACUCCUCAGGGUAAAAAGGACAUCAUUUGAUUAAAAAUUAUAACAUUUCUUAAAUACAUGGUACCAUUUUGUAGCAGAGGGAAGUUUAAAGACAGGAAGAAAUGUUGGAGAGGUAACGCACAAAAAACAAACACAUUUGAUGAAGUACUGAUGUUAUAUGAGCACAGUUUCCCCCUUCUGUUAAGACUAUAAACUGUACCGUAUGAGUAUGUGCAAUGCAUGUUUACAGAAAGCUGUGUUUCUUUAUAUGUGAGACUUCACUGACCAUAAUGCAUUCUGAAAUCAUAUUACAUUUUUGCAUGUGUGUGGUUUGCUCUGCUAACUUAAUGAUCUCCGUUCCAAGUAGAUAAUACAAUGUUGUUAAAGAGGCUGCUGAAUUAGUUAUCUAAAAGUGUACCUGUGAAUUUGUUUGGGGGAAGUAAUACUUAAUGUAUCAAAUUUUCAGUAAAUGUGGAGAUGUACCAGUUAAUACUUUAUUAAAUUAGUGGAAGCACUCAAAUUUCUGAGUGAACUGAGCUAUGAACUAUAAUCACCUCUUCCCCUAAGUUUAGGGGACUCACAUUAACGUUCUCUACAUUCAUUGCACGUGUUGAACUUACAUAAUAAUUCUUUCUUGAUUUUGAGAACUAAUUUAGUAAUUUCUUAAAAAUCUUCCUCCACCUUCCAUACAGAUGUCAUACGUUAAAAACAUAUGUACAGUUUGUUGAUAGAAGCCAAAGUGCUGGUUUAGAAGAGAGUAUUCUUAACACCCAUGGUUAUGCAGCUGUAGUCUUAUGGAAAAAUAAAUACUGUAGGCAAGUCAGGAAAGCAUGAAGCUCUUAAAUUUUUUUUAGAUUAUAUACUGUACCCAAAUAUAUCUACCCUCAAUAGUAACAUGUUUAUUUCCUUUUUCAGAAUGUAUUUAGGUAUGUAACUGAAACUGGAAAGUAGUUUGAAAUAUAGAAAGAGGAACUAUAAUACAUUAUCAUCUGGAUCCCACAACUGUAACACUUUUUCUCUUAAAUAUAAACUGGUUAUUACUAAAAAUCAUCACUUUUUUUUAUAGUCCUGUUUAAAUGAAUGUUAACUUGAGUAUACUAGUGAUGAUGAAAAGUUUCCAUUGUUUUUAAAGUAUUUACACAUCAUUAUUUAAUAUCUUUGAGAUGGAAAAUUUUUAAGAUUUCUCCAUAGAAAGCAAAAUAGAGGCACUUGUUUGAAUAGUGAUAAAAAUGAUUUACUUUCAAUGCUGGAUGAGUUGGUAGUCUAAUUGUUGACACUUAGUAUUUGUGAUAAUGGAUGCAUUUACUAUGGAGGAAUUUUUUAAAGUUUUGGCCCUCCCCAAUACAUAUAUUCAGACAUGAGCUCUAUACACUUAAAUGAAAAGAUAUGAAAUUCCACAGUAUUUUUCAUUUUAGCCAUAUAACUUGGUAAAAUUCAUAUGAUUCUACCAUAAGUAUUAGUCCCUGACCUUAGUCAUCCUUGGACAAGGGGAUCAACUUUAUCUUAAAGUUAACUAGCAAAAUAUGUGGUUAUUUUGAUAGGAAAAAUCGUUUUUCUGAUAGGUUUUUAAGACUCAAUUUCAAAUUGUGUUAACUCUCAGACCACUGAUGAAUCAUUUAGUAAAUCACAGGACAGUUUUUCAAAGCUAAAUGAUGCCUUAGUGCCUUGAAAGUUAAGAUACUUUUGCAAAGUGGAUUUAGUGAGAUUCAGGAUUGGCACCAUGAGUCAACUUGGCGCAUGUCACCUGUUACUGGGAAUUCAGAGUUUAGGAAGAGCAUCACUGAAACAAAUCUUAGCUAUUAGCUUCUUAUGGUUCAGUGUAAAUCAGUUAUUUAACCAUUGACUAUGACAGAUGACAGCUACUUUUGUUAUAUUUUCAUGAUGUGGUAUGUAUUCUUUUUCUCUCUUUUCUCUUUCCAAGUAAGUAUGAAAUGGGGAAAAUGUAGUCAAGAAAAUUAAAUGUAGAAUUUUAAAUUUUAGUUUUGUUGUAUACUAGAGAUUCUAGUGUGAAAGUGUUAGUUUUAUACUGUAGUACAAGGGCAGAUGCUUUAUGUAACCUUUAGAAAUAUGUUUACCAUCAGGGAUUUAUUUUUACUAUAGAAAUACUAAAUGUACUGUGAAGCUUAAAGACAGGAAGAAUAAACAUUGAAGGGGUCAUCCACAAAAACAAAGGCAUAUUUGAUGAAAUACCCUACAUUAUGUGAACACAAUUUUCCCGCUUCUGUUACAACUAUAAACUACACUGUAUGAGUAUGUGUACUGCAUGUUUACAUAAUACAGUUUAAUUUCGAAGGAUUAUUUAAAAAAACUAUGUUUAUAUAUAAUGCCUAACAAGCUGUAAAUAUUGUAUACUAUUGAUUUUUAAUUUUAUAUAAGCAAUUUUUUAUUUCCCAAUUCAUGUACAAAUCUCAUUGUGUAUAUAGCAUAAUUUCCUGGAGAACACAAAUUUUGCAGUGAAUUUUAAGUAUUUUAAUUGCAGUAAGCAUCAGGUUAGCCUUAGAGAUAUUGAUGUUUAUUUUAAAUUAUUUUUCACCAUUCUCAUUUUCUUCAAAGGGCAGCAAUAAACAUACGCAAGUUAUUUUUGAUUAUAGAAAGUUGGUCUACAAAGAUAAGAUCUAGGUUCCAAUACAUUGCUUUAACGAAAAGAUGCACAAUCAAUAUGAUCCAGUGUCUACUCACAGGCCCUUCUCUGAGGGCCACAUGUGGCUCUCCUCUUUGUAAUAUACAGGGUGAACUCUCUACUGAUACACACAAAACAGCUGUUAAAAGUGAAUCCAGCACUGAAUUGUCAUUACACAGAAUUUAUUGGAUUAAAAAUUUGUAAUAUACAGUAUUUUAAUAAAGUUUCUGUAUUCAAUUUCAUGCACUUAUAUAUAAAUAAACCUGUCUUUAAAAGCUUUA